AACAGACUCAGAGGAAAAAGAAUGGCUUUGCGCUCUGCUGGUUCGCUCUCUCGGUCCUUGGCCUCCGCCGCUAGGGUUUCGCUCCACCGCUCCGCCCCAACUCUCCGGCGCCUCCGCCCGCCCACUGCUCCCGCCGCUCGCCGCUUCUCCUUCACCUCUCCCAGGAACCUGGGAGAACUGGGAUGCGCACAGUCGCUGCUGCCAAUGCGAACUGCAACAUGCCUCACAUCUCACCUGACUGUCAAUAUGCGUGCUUGUUGCGAGCUGUCUCACGGUACCUUCUGCCGUACUUGUCAGGAUCGCUAGUAGUCUAUUUGGACUUGAAGGGCUUUUUGGAUCGACAUAGCAUAGUUGAGUACAACUAGAUAUUGGAGUGAUCGUAGAGAUUGGAUACUCGCUCUGUUCAGUAGUGAGCACUCAAGGAUUAUGAAAGUUUAGGUAGAGUAUGCAUUUUAAUUAUCCAUAAUAAGAAACUUGGAGAUUGAUCCAAUUUCUGGAAUGACUUUUGGGUUAAUGUCUGUAGUGUUUCAAUUUCAGCCUCAUUCUUGGUCCAUUUCUUUGUUUUGUGGUAGUUGUUUCAACAUUCUGUUGUCAACUCUAAACCUGUACUAGUUUUUCCUGUGAGUACUAGCAUGUCACUUCUGAUAAACUUUGUGGCAUUUGCGAUGACUGAUUGGCUCCGACAAACUUUAUGAAUUCAUGCGUAGUUUAUAAG